AGACCGGAAGCAGCCUGUCCACUGACCCCUACAGCGUGGAGGGCGAAGCCCCCAGCAGCGAGACCGGCACGUCGCUGGACAGCCCGUCAGCCUACCACCAGGGCCCCCUCGCGCCUGCUUCCAGCCUGAGCCCCGACCGCUACGAGCACACGUCGGUGGGAGCGUAUGGGCUGUACUCGGGGCCGCUGGGACAGCAGCAGCGCACACGGAGGCCCAAACUGCAGCACUCGACCUCCAUCCUGCGCAAGCAGGCCGAGGAGGAGGCCAUCAAGCGCUCGCGGUCACUCUCUGAGAGCUAUGAGCUCUCCUCCGACCUGCAGGACAAGCAGGUGGAGAUGCUAGAACGCAAGUAUGGGGGCCGCCUCGUGACCCGCCAUGCGGCCCGCACCAUCCAGACGGCCUUCCGUCAGUACCAGAUGAACAAGAACUUCGAGCGCCUGCGCAGCUCCAUGUCGGAGAACCGCAUGUCGCGCCGCAUUGUGCUGUCCAACAUGAGGAUGCAGUUCUCCUUCGAGGGCCCGGAGAAGGUGCACAGCUCCUACUUCGAGGGGAAGCAGGUCUCGGUGACUGAUGACGGCUCUCAGCUGGGGGCCCUGGUGCCAUCCGAGUGCGGCGACCUUGGCGAGCCACCCACCCUCAAGUCUCCCGCCCCGUCCAGCGACUUCGCAGACGCCAUCACGGAGCUGGAGGACGCCUUCUCGCGGCAGGUGAAGUCACUGGCCGAGUCCAUCGACGACGCCCUCAACUGCCGCAGCCUGCACGCCGAGGAGGCACCAGCCCCCGAGGCAGGGCGGGCCCGGGACGCCGAGCCCAAGCCGGCCCUGCACGGCGUGGACCACCACAAGCUGGAUGAGAUGACAGCCUCGUACAGUGACGUCACCCUGUACAUCGACGAGGAGGAGCUGUCACCGCCCCUGCCCUUGUCGCAGGCGGCGCACCGGCCGCCCAGCACGGAGUCGGACCUGCGGCUGCGGGCCGGGGGGGCCGCGCAGGACUACUGGGCGCUGGCUCACAAGGACGACAAGGGGGACACAGACACAAGCUGCCGGAGCACACCGUCGCUGGAGCGGCAGGAGCAGCGGCUGCGGGUGGAGCACCUCCCGCUGCUCACCAUUGAGCCGCCCAGCGACAGCUCCGUGGACCUCAGUGACCGCUCGGACCGCAGCUCGCUCAAGAGGCAGAGCGCUUACGAACGCAGCCUGGGCGGGCCGCAGGGCAGCCCCAAGCACGGCCCCCUGGCCGGCCCCCCCAAGAGCCUUCCCCGGGAGGAGCCGGAGCUGCGGCCCCGGCCCCCCCGGCCCCUGGACAGCCACCUGGCCAUCAAUGGCUCGGCCAACAGGCAGAGCAAGUCGGAGUCCGACUACUCGGAUGGGGACAACGACAGCAUCAACAGCACAUCCAACUCCAACGACACCAUCAACUGCAGCUCUGAGUCGUCGUCCCGCGACAGCCUGCGGGAGCAGACACUCAGCAAGCAGACCUACCACAAGGAGACCCGCAACAGCUGGGACUCACCCGCCUUCAGCAACGAUGUCAUCCGCAAGAGGCACUACCGCAUUGGCCUCAAUCUCUUCAACAAGAAGCCUGAGAAGGGCGUCCAGUACCUCAUCGAGCGUGGCUUUGUGCCUGACACGCCAGUGGGGGUAGCCCACUUCCUGCUGCAGCGCAAGGGCCUCAGCAGGCAGAUGAUCGGCGAGUUCCUGGGCAACCGGCAGAAACAGUUCAACCGAGACGUGCUCGACUGUGUGGUGGAUGAGAUGGAUUUCUCCGCCAUGGAAUUAGAUGAAGCCCUCAGGAAGUUCCAGGCACACAUCCGGGUCCAAGGGGAGGCCCAGAAGGUGGAGCGGCUCAUCGAGGCAUUCAGCCAGCGGUACUGCAUCUGCAACCCCGGGGUGGUUCGGCAGUUCCGGAACCCAGACACCAUUUUCAUCCUGGCGUUCGCCAUCAUCCUGCUCAACACAGACAUGUACAGCCCCAACGUCAAACCUGAGCGGAAGAUGAAGCUGGAGGACUUCGUCAAGAACCUGCGAGGUGUGGACGAUGGUGAGGACAUUCCCCGGGAGAUGCUGAUCGGGAUCUAUGAGCGCAUUCGCAAGCGGGAGCUGAAGACCAAUGAGGACCACGUGUCCCAGGUGCAGAAGGUGGAGAAGCUCAUCGUGGGGAAGAAGCCGAUUGGAUCCUUGCAUCACGGGCUUGGCUGUGUGCUCUCUCUGCCCCACCGGAGGCUGGUCUGCUACUGCCGGCUUUUUGAGGUUCCAGACCCAAAUAAGCCCCAGAAACUUGGACUGCACCAGCGAGAAAUCUUCCUGUUUAACGACCUCCUGGUGGUUACCAAGAUCUUCCAAAAAAAGAAGAACUCCGUGACCUACAGCUUCCGACAGUCCUUCUCCCUGUACGGCAUGCAGGUCCUGCUCUUCGAGAACCAGUACUACCCCAAUGGCAUCCGGCUCACGUCUGCUGUCCCCGGAGCAGACAUCAAAGUGUUAAUAAACUUUAAUGCUCCCAAUCCUCAAGACCGGAAGAAGUUCACCGAUGACCUGCGGGAGUCCAUCGCGGAAGUGCAGGAGAUGGAGAAGCACAGGAUAGAGUCGGAGCUCGAGAAGCAGAAGGGCGUCGUGCGGCCCAGCAUGUCCCAGUGCUCCAGCCUCAAAAAGGAGUCGGGCAACGGGACGCUGAGCCGGGCCUGCCUGGACGACAGCUACGCGGGCGGGGAGGGCCUCAAGCGCAGCGCCCUCAGCAGCUCCCUGAGGGACCUCUCGGAAGCGGUUUCAGCCCUUCGAGCCACUGCAGCCGCCAGUGCUGUGCUCCUAAGCCGUGGGACCCGAGGACUGCCCCACGGCCCCUGCCCCGGCGGAGAGCCCUUUCAGAAAGGGCGAAGCUAGUGCGGGACUCUGCGGGCCGCGGGCUCCGCGCUCCGUGGAUGGCGUGGCGUGCCGUGGCCAGAUGGCAGGACGACCGAGGGGAGCCCACCUGGCGGGCCAGCGGGGGGGGGGGUCCUGCCCGUCUCCCUCCCCACCCACCCCUUUAUCAUAUCAUCAAGGCCACCAUACCAGCAAAUCUGCAAACCGAGCACUUUGUUAAUCUCCACAGAGAGCAAAUACAGCAAUCUAGAGUUUAGCCUUUUUUUUUUUUUUUUUUUUGGAAGAAGCGUGACUUUAACCUGCCCACCUUUAUCUUCCCAUCGGUGUCGUAUUUCUCUCCCAGAAGGAGAGAAGUAAGAAGCACGGGUGUGUCUGAUUUGGUCCAGGCUGGCGGGAGGCUCCCCGCUCCUGCUGGCUCCUAAAUUCCUUGGUUUCCCUGCAGAGUCAGGCUCCCCGAGGCAUUCUCUGUCUUGCAGUUUAAAGGAUGUUGUUCUGACCAGGAACAGUUGAAUUGUACUGCAUGUCAGUCGUGCGAGGCCACACUCUAUGUAUUGUGUAUUUGCAAACUAUAUCAGUGUUACUGUUGACAAAUAGUUGAAGUAAAGUGGUAACAUAUGAAAUAUGUCGGCUUUUCUUCACCCUCUGUACCAAUAGUAAAGUCUAACUGUAAACUCGAGGUUGUUCCAGAAAAGAUACAGGCUGUUUGGCGCCAGAUUGCCCUUUCCGAAGGGACAACCACUAAUGAGAAAGAAGAGAGGGCGAAGCCGAUGGCCAGGGUGGGGGGCUCUGUCCAUCGCUGUCCUUCGUGCUCCACGGCCAUUCCGAACCUUCACCUCCAAAGCUGCCAUCCGUGUGUCCUGAGGCUUUGUUGGGGCGUCACAGGGCCGGAUCUAGCGAAAGGGGGCUUCUUGAACAAAUUCCGUUUCUCCCCAUGUUUCCAACUUCACACAGUGUGUUGGGCUCAGGUCAGUGGGGUUUCAUCAAUCCUUUGUGGCAUAUUUACAAACUUACCAUGGGAAAUGCUUCCAGAAGGUACAUUGUUCCACUAAGGAAGCUGGAGCCGCGCUGCCCAAGUCUCGUCUGGGCAGCAAAACCUUCUGACAGAUUGCUGUGUCCCCCCCGCCCCCAGUGUUGCUUUCGUGGGACUGUUCUUUCUAGACCCCAGCCUGCCACAGAGUCACAGCUGUGGGGGCCUGUCUUCCGCCACCCCGCCCCCCCCCCCCGAUAGGCAGCAGGAAGCUGAGCACUGCACUGUCAGGACACACUGGGGACAUUUCUCUCAAGUCGCACAAAUUGUUCCAAUUAAACAGUAAUUGCUGACAGGAGCAGGAGACCCAUAGCGGAAGUGGCUGAUAGCAUCACAAAAAUCUUUUCUGGGACAACAAUUAAAUCAUGUAUUUGUAUUUUUUUUUAAGUUUAUGAACGAAUUGUACAACAAUGUAAAAAUAAAGUUCAUCCUAAUAUGGUGUGCACAUCUUGCUUAAAAAUGUCUUCGGUCAUCCAGUGUAGAGCGAUUUUUCCAUCCCACGCUGCAUGCAGCAGAAGCCUCUUGUUUUUCUUUAAAAUGAGCUGAAAAGACAGCAGAUACUUAAACAUGACCCUAGGUGUUGACUCAGCGUUCUGUAUGAAGCUGUGUCUCCACAGGUAAGCAUGCAUCUUACAGUUUCGUUGUAAAAUAUCAUCUCCCUUCCUGCCCGGAAAUGGAGUAAUUCUGUAAAGUGUCUUCAAUCACAACAAUAAUCAAGGAAACAGAUGGCGAAACAAAUCAGUGUGAAGUGGGGGUGGUGAAAAGGGACAGGCGGGAGGAGCUGUGUUUCCCCUAGCCGGCGGGCGCGCACCCUAGCCUAACUGCGGCCACAUCGAGGCCCCACACAGGAGCCGUCUCCUCCUGGGAACUGUCUGUCGUUCACCUUCUAGUUGUUUUAACCGAUUAGCAUCAGGUCUUGAAUGCAGACCGUUCAAAGACUUCGAGAGACCCCUCGCUCCCAAGAGGCCCGGUACCCGCUGUGUAACUUUGGGCAGGAAAGGAGUGCUUUUGUUUUAAUAUGCAUUCUGUUUGUGAGUAGUAACAGACUCUAUUGAUGUAAAACCAUAGCUGUGAUCACGUGGAGAAAUCAAAUAAAUCCUUUAAAACUC